UGGCUCGAACUUUGAUGCGUGACACGUCUCGCGGGGUUUCCGCAAGUGAAAUUUUGGGGGUGUUACAGUAUAAUUACUCAACUGAUAAAAAUCAUAUAUUGUUAUUUGUUAUAAUUCUGUUAAUUACCCUACACAUUGGUAUAAUUACUCUACUGAUAAGAUCAACUGUUGUUAUUUGUUAUAAUUCUGAUAAUUACCCUACACAUUUAAAUAAUUACUCUACUGAUGAAAUAAGAUCAACUAUUACAGGUGAUAAUGCUUCAAAAAUAGUUGAUGGUAAUGAAGGUGACAAUGCUGGUGAAAAAAAUGAUGGUGAGAAUGAAGUUGCUGAAAACGAUCAACCAGAACAAGGGACAACGGAAACAUUACUAAAUGAAAUGGUGAUUAGAUUGCAAGAAACAGAAGAACAACAUUUAAAGGAUCAGUUGAAAGUAAAUCCUAUUGAAGGUGAAAACGAAAACAAAAUACAGUCAAUUCUCGACACAUUUCCAUUUCUUCAAGUACCCAUCACCCAAGAAUCAACUGAAAGCCACACUACCCCUGAACAAACAAAAGAAAAGAGAAUAUCUAAGCCAACUUCUGCAUAUAAAUCACCUUACGUUAACCGGAAAGUUGAACUUGGAACAAAGCUGAGUGAUGAUGAACAAUUGAUAGUAGAUUACAUAUUUUCUCCAGCAGAUGAAUUGAAGUUUGUAUACAAGUCAGUUUAUGGGACAGAUUCAAUCAAAGUGGUUUUUGAAGCAAUGUUUGAUGGUAUAAAAAUUACAUCAGUCCUCAUAGACAAUUGGGCUGAAGUGCUAAACAAUGAAGAAAAAAUGAAAAGCCGGUAUUCUCUUAGUAGGUUUUUUUUCUCAUCGCUUCUAUUGUUAAAGGAUCAUUAUGCACCUACAACCACCGAUGAAGUUCGACUUUUGAUGUUCACGCAAAACUUGGAUCAAUGGCUUGAACAGUUUAAGGUCAAAUCGAUAAGAGAUUUCGACCUCCUGUUUUUCCCCAUUUUAGCUUCAGAACAUUAUUACGUCCUGUGUUUCAAUCUGAAGACUUCUAAAAUUGUGUUGAUCGAUAACAGCAAAAUGGGUAAAAAAUUCCAUGAUAGAUAUCAAGGGAUCCCUAAUAUGUUGAGAAAUGCAUUGUGUGACUACCUUGAGCUGAAGAAGAUUAGAUUCGCCAAAAAAACACUAAGAAAGGCAAUCAUCAAAAGAUUGGAAAUGCCAUGGAGGACAGAAGAAAACUACAUUGAUUGUGGCAUUUAUACAAUGCGCCAUAUGGAAACUUAUUUUGGUGAAGAAAACUGGGAUUGCGGCUUCUUAUCAAAUGAGAAAUUUCAUAAACCUCAAAUUUCUGAGUUGAGGAAGAAAUUCUUGACCAAAAUGCUGUUGUCAGAAAUCAACACCUUGAAAGAUGAUCUUAUAAAGCAUGCCCUUGAAUAUGAAAAGAUGGAUGAUAAAGUUAAGGCUGAACAUCAAAAAGAUUUGAAGGAAAAGAUGGAUCAAAGGCAAAAAGACUUUGUUUGAAUGUUUGUUUCAAUUUGCAGUUUUAAACUCAUGUUUAAUGUUUGGAUUUAACUUCUAGACGUGUGUUCUUUUUUAAUAUGUUUGAAUACUGUUGAACUUUAUUUUAGAAUAUGUUUUGUUUCA